UUGUUCAAAGCAUGCAGACAUAAUAUAAGAACAGCUCCUGAGACAGGGGAAAUAGACCUUAUUGUACAAAAACUCAUACCAAGAGGUCACUGGCCUAUAGGAACAAUCACAGAGCUAAUACAAAGCGCUGAUGGAUUCAUACGUUCGGCAAAAGUUAAGCUUCCUCACAAAAAGAUAUACAUCCAACGACCAAUAACAAAGCUUUACUCCCUUGAGAUACGAGCGACAGCGUCCGUUGAGGCCGCGCAAAAUGAAGAUACAGAAAAGUUUACUGCGCUUACUGCGCCUACCGAAUUUGAGCGAAGUCGACGGAGACCUCAACGUGCGGCAAAAACAAAAGCAUACGAGGCAAUCAGGCGACAACAAAAUGACACAGACGAGGACGCAUCUGUGACAGAUACAGAACAAGAACUACUGCGCGCAAGGAAGCCAUUCAAUAUCAACACCGUAUUUUUGGCUUUGAUAUGA